AGGCGCCGCGCGGCCAUUUCGAAUGCGCAGCGCCCGCCGCGCGUCAGGCGGAGGAGGCGCGGCCCGGCCUGGAGCGGAGCGCGGCGGGACCCGGCGGAACCGGCGGCGGCUCCUCAGGCACAGCCGCAGCGAUGGACGAGUACACCAAAAUAGAGAAGAUCGGGGAAGGUACCUAUGGCGUUGUGUAUAAAGGUCGGCACAAAACUACAGGCCAAGUGGUUGCAAUGAAGAAAAUACGUCUAGAAAAUGAGGAGGAAGGUGUUCCAAGUACUGCUAUCCGAGAAAUUUCCUUAUUAAAAGAGCUGCAACAUCCCAAUAUAGUCUGUCUUCAGGAUGUUCUUAUGCAGGAUUCAAGACUGUACCUCAUUUUUGAAUUCCUUUCCAUGGAUCUUAAGAAAUACUUGGAUACUAUUCCAUCUGGACAGUAUUUGGAUCGUUCACGUGUUAAGAGUUACCUGUAUCAAAUCUUGCAAGGUAUUGUCUUCUGCCAUUCAAGACGAGUUCUGCACAGAGACUUAAAGCCUCAGAAUCUUCUAAUAGAUGACAAGGGAGUGAUUAAACUGGCAGACUUUGGGUUGGCUCGAGCCUUUGGAAUUCCAGUGCGGGUAUACACUCAUGAAGUAGUGACGCUGUGGUACAGGUCUCCAGAGGUAUUGCUAGGAUCUGCUCGUUACUCUACUCCCGUAGAUAUAUGGAGCAUAGGUACCAUAUUUGCUGAGCUGGCAACUAAAAAGCCACUUUUCCAUGGGGACUCGGAGAUUGACCAGCUCUUCAGAAUCUUCAGAGCUUUAGGGACGCCCAACAAUGAAGUAUGGCCUGAUGUGGAGUCCCUGCAAGACUACAAAAACACGUUCCCCAAAUGGAAACCUGGCAGCCUGGAAACACACGUCAAAAACUUAGAUGAAGAUGGGCUUGAUCUGCUGUCUAAAAUGUUGAUUUAUGAUCCUGCAAAAAGAAUUUCUGGCAAAAUGGCCUUGAACCAUCCAUACUUCGAUGACUUGGAUAAAUCUACCCUUCCUGCUAAUCUGAUUAAGAAAUUCUAAACCUUUGGACUAAAUCAACCAGAGUGAAAUAAUUGUGAUUGGUUUUACUACUAAGUCUGUCUGUAACUUUUAUGUCUGUCUGUCUGUCUGCUCUAAAACUGUGGCUGUUUAGUUUGUUUUGGUUUAAGUGUUACCUAAAUAUAAAUAUUAACCUAUUAGUGCUGAGUUCAAAUACAGUGCAAAUAUCACUGCUAUUAAUGCAGUGAACUUUCUAUAAAUAAAGCUUUAAAUGCA